AUGUACGGGCCUAAUCAUCAGCAGGGCCACGCCUCGCGCCUCAAUGGAGGCGUGCCAGGUGGCCGCGGUAUGGCGCCGCAGAUGAUGUUCAAUUACGUCCAGCAGCAGCAGCAACAACAACAACCUGGGGCCCACCAGCAUCACACACAUCCGCAACAGCAACAGCAUCAAUCAAUACAGCAGGAUCACAUCGGGCACAGCGCAACACAGGGAGCGCUCGGGCACCACUCGGGAUUUGCUUCUGGUCUCAUGUCCAAUGUAGCUCCAUUUACUCCCGGCAGCCAUCAGAACGGACAUACACCGGGCCCGCGUGGUGGUCAGGCGCAGCGCUUCAGCGAACACUGGACUGAGCAGACCAAGGCGGCCAAGGAAUCAGAGCAGGCCCACAAGAUGAUGAAGGAGCAACACCAACCCCACUACUUCGCUCGUCUGCGGGCCUCGGAGAACAAGGGUAUCGGCCCAGCUCUCAAUGCCAAUGCUGCCGACUCCAACGCAGACGGCGAGGAAGACAGGGGCCGGCCGGCCAACAUCGAGAAAGCUCUGGACAGACAAGACUGGCUCAACCUUGACUUUAGUGGCCAAGGCCUCAGAAACAUCUCGGUCACCCUGUUCAACCACUACGACUUCCUCACCGAAUUGUACCUGGCCUCCAAUGACCUCUCAUAUCUGCCUGCCCACAUUGGACAACUGCGCUCGUUAAGACACCUCGACGUCUCGUACAAUCAAUUGCAGGAGCUGCCCCCGGAGCUUGGCAUGUGUACUCCUCUUCGCCAGCUCCUCCUGUUUGAGAACAAGAUCACCACUCUUCCUUAUGAGCUUGGCGCGCUCCACUUCCUUGAGCUGCUCGGCAUACAAGGCAAUCCGAUCACAAGCGACCUCAAACAAAAGAUUGUGGAUGAGGGGACGAAGAGUCUCAUCUCAUGGCUGAAGGAACAGGCACCUGUACCCCUUCCGCCACAACCUCGCAUGCCUAUCACCAUACAGGAGGAGCCGGCCGCCGACAAGGAACGGAUUCGGGUUCUCUCGUGGAACACGCUCUGUGACAAAUAUGCGACCAGUACUCAGUACGGGUACACACCAGAGAGCGCACUCUCUUGGGAGUACCGCAAGGACAGCAUUCUGCAAGAGUUGCGUGACCGCGAAGCUGACAUCCUCUGUCUCCAAGAGACCGCAAUGGACGCCUUCGAGGACUUCUUCGCCCCGGAGCUCCACAAGAACGGGUACAGGGGCGUAUUCUACCCCAAGACGCGCGUGAACCAUUUGCCAGCCAAGGAACAACGCUACGUCGAUGGUUGCUCAAUCUUCUACAACAGCGACAAGUACAUGUUGCUAGACAAACAGAUGGUCGACUUCAGGCAGACUGCUAUUAACCGUCCCGACAUGAAGUCGGCCGAUGACGUCUUCAACCGCGUCAUGCCGAAAGACACUAUUGCCGUCUUCUGCUUCUUCGAAUCGCGGUUCACUGGCAAUCGGUUCAUUGUUGUCAACGCCCACCUUUGCUGGGAGUCCUUCCUUGCCGAUGUAAAGGCCGUUCAGACGGGCAUUUUGAUGGAUCUUGUCACAAAGCACUCCGAAAAGUACACAAGAAGACCGCCGAUUCCCAUCCAUGAGAAGCGGCUGAAACCCCGCCCAUCGGGCGAGGAAGGCGUCCCUCCCAAAGAGUUUCCAGAACCCGCACCAAGUCAGGAGUACCGUAACAACACAGACAUUCCCCUCUUUGUAUGCGGUGACUACAACUCAAUGAGGGACAGCUCUGUGUAUGAGCUGCUGGACAAGGGUCGCAUCCCACCGGAUCACCCAGAUCUAAUUGGCCAUUCAUACGGCAAUUUCACACGGGAUGGAAUUGAGCACCCGUUCAACCUACGCAAUUCGUACUCGGCUCUCUUCGGCACUCCGGACGAGCUCACCUUUACCAACUAUACGCCUUCGUUUUGCUGGGUCAUAGACUAUAUCUGGUACACCACAAACACGGUUGAUGCGAUAGAGCUGCUCGGCCCUCCGGACUACCAGUAUCUGAAGCGCGUUCCAGGAUUUCCCAAUUACCACUUCCCUGCUGAUCAUAUCCACAUCAUGGCGGAUUUCGUCUUCAAGACGCGGAGGGACAAGAAGUCUAUCGCGGAGCAAGGUGGUCCUUCAAGGUCCUAG